AUGGCAUCAAACCAGCCCACCGGUGCUGCUGGACCCCUGCCAGCCAUGCAAGAGCUCUCACCAACGACGUUCCUCUACGACCCGCCCUCAUCCGUUCCGGACCCGAACUCACCCAAGCUCGUCGCCAUCUUCAGCUGGAUGUCGGCCCAGGACGUCCACAUCGCAAAGUACACAUCGCGGUACAUGGCAAUGUACCCCUCCGCCAGCAUCCUCCUCGUGAAAUGCCCCUUCAUCCACACCCUCUCCAACCGCAUCUCCAAGCGGCAAAUCAAGCCGGCGGUCCCCGUAAUCCGCUCCCUAGCCGACUCCACCCCGCCGCCGGCUUCGUCCGAGACGGGGACGGGCCAGCGGGCCCCGCAGCUCCUCUUCCACGUUUUCUCCAACGGCGGCGCCACCAACCUCGCAAAGUUCCUGGAGCUCUACGCCGACGCAGACCGCGCCGGUCGUCUAGAGCUCCCGCCGCACGUGACGCUCUACGACUCCUGCCCGGGUGGAUUCCACUGGAUGCGGAGCUACCGCGCGCUCUCGGCCUCGAUGCCGCGGAUCCUGGCGCCGCUGGCCCACGUCUUCAUCGGCUGGUUCUGGCUCUUCCACGUACCGCUCGGGCGAAUCGGGUUCUUUGGCAAGAUGUGGGCUGCGCUGCGGCAAAAGGCGCUGUUGGGCAGUGAGAGCCGGCGGGCGUAUUUGUAUAGCAAGGAGGAUGAGAUGAUUUACUGGGGUGACGUGGAGAGGCAUGCGGAUGAGUCUGCCGAGGUCGGCUUCAAGGUCCGCAAGGAGAGGUUUGAUGGGAGUCAGCAUGUUGCGCAUGCCAAGUUGGAUUCAUCGAGGUAUUGGGGCCUUGUGAAGGAUGUGUGGGACGAGGACUUGGUUAAGAAGAAGGUUGAGCCGCCGACGCCGACGUCGAAGUCUGCUGAUGCCCCGUCAGAACCAACGCCCGAGAACGCUUCAGAAAAUGCCGACAAGACUGCAGAACCUGUGAAGACAGCACUGGAUUCACCGCGGACUGCGCCGGAGGCUCCAAAGGCUGCUCUGGAGCAAGAGACAACUAAAACGGCUCCUGAACCACCGAAACCAGCACCUCCGCCACCAGGGAUUGCACCUGCGAGGCCGAAGCGGCAACCUACCCCGCCUCCAACCAUCCAGUAA